AAGACAGAGAUGGUUUCCACGGCAGAAGCAGAUCCUGAAGAAGGAAGAGACGGUCGUUACAACGGCGGCGGCGAGAGGAUGCCGACAAUGAGGCCUGACGUGCGAUGGACGUCGUGGGUGAUUCCGAUGGUGGUGAUUGGGAAUGUCGUCGUUUUCGUUGUGGUGAUGUACUUCAAUGAUUGUCCUCGCAAUAGCCAUCGAUGUCUAGCUAAGUUCCUAGGAAGAUUCUCAUUUGAGUCUUUUAAGUCUAAUCCUCUUCUCGGUCCUUCUUCUUCUACGUUGGAGAUAAUGGGAGCUUUGGCAUGGGGCAAAAUAGUUCACAGGCGUCAGGUUUGGAGACUCUUAACAUGUAUGUGGUUGCACGCUGGUGUUAUCCAUUUGUUAGCAAAUAUGUGUUGUGUUGCCUUCAUUGGAAUUCGUCUUGAGCAGCAGUUUGGUUUUGUUCGAGUCGGGACGAUAUACCUUGUAUCUGGCUUCUGCGGGAGCAUAUUAUCUUGUCUGUUUGUUCAGAAUGCCAUAUCUGUUGGUGCCUCAAGUGCUUUGUUUGGCCUCUUAGGAGCAAUGUUAUCAGAAUUGUUAAUCAAUUGGACUACCUAUGACAACAAGGGUGUGGCUUUGAUAAUGCUUCUGGUGAUUGUUGGUGUUAACUUAGGAUUAGGAACACUUCCUCCUGUGGAUAAUUUUGCUCACAUUGGAGGUUUCUUAGGCGGUUUUCUUCUCGGCUUUCUCCUCUUGAUUCAUCCACAGUUUGAAUGGGAGGAAAACAGAGUUUCUCUUAUGCCUGGUUCCAUUGUUAAACCGAAGUACAACACUUGCCAACUCGUGCUUUGCGUAAUUGCAUCCAUCGUCUUUGUCGCGGGGUUUGCUUCUGGUUUGGUGAUACUAUUCAGAGGAGAUAACUUGAACAGAUAUUGUAAGUGGUGCCAUAAACUGAGCUACUCCUCUAAAUCCCAAUGGACAUGACAUUUGCUUUUCAUUUUCUUAGAGUUAGAUUAUUAUUUCUUUGGUAACCAAUUCUGUUUAUUGCAGCUCUUGUUUCUCU